GACCCAAAGUUACUCAUCACGAGCUCGAUAUGGUCAUCACCAUGUUUAGGCUAUUCAUUUUCUCAUGAUUAACCAACUAAAGGUGAAUCAACAUUUGUCUUACAAUUAACGCCCUAUGAUCAAGUAUAAAUACUAGAAAUAUAAUAAAAAACAAAGUUAAUCAAUAUUCUAUUGUAACAAAUCCAAUUAUUGAAAUUGAUCAUUAAAUAUAACUUUUUGAUUGUAUCGUUGAGUUAUAUUUCAACUAAGUUGGCUUGACAACGUUACAAUUGUCAUGAUGAUUGAAAAGUUUUUCCAAGUCUCAUUGAUCACAUUGAUCGUGAUUGUAACUUGUAAUUGUGAAAAAUUUUGUCCAAUUGAUGAUAAAUUAAAAUUUGAUUGUCAUGCUGAUCAACCAAGAAAUCAAGAAUCUUGUGAGAAACGAGGUUGUUGUUGGACUAACAAUCAAGACUCAAAUACAAAUCAAAUACCUGAUUGUUAUUUUCCAAGUGAUUAUCAAGGUUAUGUGAUUAAGAAGCUUGAUAAUCAAGAAAAUGGUGUAACAAUUAAAUUGACCAGGUUAAGAGGAUCUGGAUUACCGAAGGAUAUUGAAAAUGUUGAUGUCGAAGUGAUUGGAUUGGACCAUGAGCGAGUUCGAGUCCGUUUUAUUGAUGCCAAUUCUUCAAGAUUUGAAGUUCCAAUGCCUUUUCUUAAUAUAUCACAAGUCGAUACAAUUGAUUCACCUCUUUACACAAUUAAGAUUAAUCAAAAUUCAAUCUUACAAGUUAAUCGAGCAUCAACUGGUUUACCAAUUUUCCAAGUUGAUUUGUCUAAAUUAAUUUACGCUGAUCAAUUCAUUCAAGUUUCAUCGAUUGUACCAAAUUCAUUUCUUUAUGGUUUAGGUGAACAUAAAGACAAUUUUCGAAAAAAUCUCGAUAACUGGAAACGUUACACUCUUUUCGCCGGAGGCACAAACCCCACCGAGAAUAUUAAUCUCUAUGCAUCUUUCCCUUACUAUCUAAUGGUUGAGCCAGAUAAUCAAUUCCAUGGUAUUUUCCUUUUAAACUCCAAUGCAAUGGACAUAAUCACCCAGCCCACUCCUGCGAUCACGUGGAGGACGAUCGGAGGUAUUUUGGACUUUUUCAUUUACCUUGGACCAUCAGUCCAAGAUGUCGUCCGUCAGAAUAUUAAUCUUAUCGGUCGACCAGUAAUGCAACCUUAUUGGGCACUAGGGUUUCACCUUUGUCGAUAUGAUUACAAUAGUACAGUUAAAACUCGUGAAACUUUGUACAGAAAUAUCGAAGCAGGAAUACCAAUCGAAGCUCAAUGGAAUGACAUUGAUUAUAUGGACAAGUACAACGAUUUCACCAUUGAUCCAGUUGCUUUUGCUGGAUUAGGUGAAUAUGUUGACGAAUUACAUUCAAAAAAUUUACGAUACGUUCUGAUAAUGGAUGCUGGUGUAAGUGGAUCAGAAGCCCCUGGAACUUAUCCACCAUUGGAUGAUGGAAUUGAAAAUGAUAUUUUCAUCAAGAAUGAGCUGAAUGAAACUUUCAUGGCAAGAGUUUGGAAUCUUCAGUCAACCGUUUUCCCUGAUUUUACUCAUCCCAAAACAAUUAACUAUUGGACGAAACAAUUUGCUGAUCUGAAGGAGAAAGUUAAUUAUGAUGGAGUUUGGAUUGAUAUGAAUGAACCUUACAACUUUUAUCCAAUCAUGAAAUGUUCAGAUAACCAAUACGAUAAUCCACCAUAUACUCCAGGCAUUCAACCUCUUUACAACAAUACUAUUUGCAUGUCGGCAAAACAAUAUGGCGGAUUACAUUAUGAUCUUCAUAGUUUAUUUGGAUUACUGGAAACUGUGGCUACUUAUGAAGCUGUCAAAAAUAUCACUGGUACUCGACCUUUCAUCUUGUCAAGAUCUACAUUCUCAUCGCAAGGUCACUAUGGGUCACAUUGGUCAGGAGACAUAAGGUCAGAAUGGGAUUUCAUGAAAUAUUCAAUCUCAAAUUUACUCGAGUUUAACAUUUAUGGUAUUCCGAUGAUUGGUAGUGAUAUUUGUGGAUUUGCUGGUAACACGACUGUCCAGUUGUGUAUGAGAUGGUCAUCGUUAGGUGCUUUCUAUCCGUUUUCAAGGAAUCACAAUGAUUAUGAUACAAUUGAACAAGAUCCUGUCGCUUUAGGACCUAAAAUCGUUGAUGCUGCCAAAUAUGCGGUCAAAUUGCGUUACCGAUUGUUACCUUAUCUUUACACGUUAUUUUUCAAGGCUCACUUGUUUGCCGACACUGUGGCCAGGCCACUUUUCUUUGAAUUCCCAAGUGAUCCUGUUACUUAUUCAAUUGAAAAUUCAUUCAUGUGGGGAUCGGGAAUUUUGAUCGUUCCGAUUCUUGAGCCUGAUGUUAAUUCAACUAACGCUUAUUUCCCGUCUGGACUUUGGUACGACUUUGCCAGCUCACAACUAGCGAUCAAUAGUUCUGGACAAUAUCAUUUGUUAUCUAUCGAUGAUGAUAAGAUCGGUGUUUAUGCUCGAGGUGGUUCAAUCUUACCUGGCUAUUUAUCGGCUGCAAUGACCCUUACUGACCUAUCAGCUGAUCCUGGUUAUCUGUUUGUUUUCCCUGAUGAAUUGGGUCAAGCCUCUGGUUCAUGGUUCUCUGAUGAUGGUCAGUCAAUUGAUAAUAUUGAUCAAGGACAAUACACUUUUGGUCAUUGUAAAGCUACAAAGAAAAUGAUCUCAUGUGAUUACACCAAAAUUCAUGAUAAAGGUAAUUUCAAACUUGGAGGUUUGAUCAUCACUGCAGUUGAAACAAAACCAGAGACAAUUAAAUUAAAUGGCAAUCAAAUUAAUUCAGUUCAAUUCAAUGAAGAAAACAAAUCAGUUAAAAUUGAUUUACCAGUUGAUUUUAAUUAUCUUCAACCAUUUACAAUCAAUUUUUAAUGAAAAUUGAUUCUAAUUAAUGUUAAAAACAAUCAAUAAAAUUAUUUUAUCCGGGAAAAUUAUUAUCACUAA